GCCACAUUCCCCGCCUGAACAACACCAAAGCGAGGAACUGCGCUUUCAACUCCGGUAGGCUCGCUAUGGUACCGAGCUGGAGAAUCUGAAGAAGGAUCCCUUUCAAGUUAUCGUUGUAAAGAAUUCAACCGACGGAGACGUCGGUGCUUGGGCGAAAAUAGCGAGAUAACUACGCUGUUGCGGCAAACCCACAGGCCACUGCUGCUGGGAUCAGAACAUUUACUUUAUUUUUACUUCUGUCUGGCUGGUAGUCUCAAAGUGCUGCCUGGCAUCCAUUCCAGCCGUCUGAUUCGCUCGCUCUGCAACCAUGGCAACGGAGGAGAAGAAACCAGACACUGAAGCCACUAAAACUGCAUCUGCAUCGUCUGCCUCGGCCGGACAGAGCAAGUCUGCCCCUGUGAAGCCAAACUACUGCCUGAAGUUCACGCUUGCCGGCCACACCAAGGCCGUCUCCUCCGUCAAAUUCAGCCCAAGCGGAGAAUGGCUGGCAAGCUCAUCUGCUGACAAACUGAUCAAAAUCUGGGGAGCCUACGACGGCAAGUUUGAGAAAACAGUGUCUGGCCACAAACUGGGCAUUUCUGACGUGGCGUGGUCCACCGAUUCCAACCUCCUGGUCUCUGCGUCCGACGAUAAAACCCUGAAGAUCUGGGACGUGAGCUCGGGAAAAUGUCUGAAGACUUUGAAGGGCCACAGCAACUAUGUGUUCUGCUGUAACUUCAACCCCCAGUCUAACCUCAUUGUGUCCGGAUCGUUUGACGAGAGCGUGCGGAUAUGGGACGUGAAGACGGGGAAGUGUCUGAAGACCCUGCCCGCCCACUCGGACCCGGUCUCUGCGGUCCAUUUCAAUAGAGACGGCUCUUUGAUCGUGUCCAGCAGCUACGAUGGUCUCUGUCGAAUCUGGGACACGGCGUCGGGGCAGUGUCUGAAAACGCUCAUCGAUGACGACAACCCCCCAGUCUCCUUUGUGAAGUUCUCCCCCAACGGAAAAUACAUCCUGGCAGCUACCCUGGACAACACCCUGAAGCUGUGGGACUACAGCAAAGGAAAGUGCUUGAAAACGUACACUGGCCAUAAAAAUGAGAAGUACUGUGUGUUUGCAAAUUUCUCAGUCACUGGUGGCAAGUGGAUCGUCUCUGGGUCUGAGGACAGCAUGGUGUACAUCUGGAACCUGCAGACCAAGGAGAUCGUACAGAAACUGCAGGGCCACACAGAUGUGGUGAUCUCCACCGCCUGCCACCCCACAGAAAACAUCAUCGCCUCUGCAGCACUAGAAAACGACAAAACCAUCAAACUGUGGAAGAGCGACUGCUAAGCUCCUGAGAGGUCGCUGCGAUUUUAUUUUCAUUUUUCAAUUUUUUUUUGUGCGUUCAAAAAGAGGACUUUACAGAAAAGAUCCAAGAUUGGGCCUCACCCCAAAAAAUUGACGUCUCUUUGGACUGGGCCAUGCGAGAGGAUCAGCUGAACCGGGCGUGCGCCCCCUCCCCCCUGUACAGAGCAGCCACCAGCC